AUGGAUUUGGGAAGCGAAAACCUAGAUUUAAGUAAAUUAAUAAAUGUUAAAGGCAAUGUUGAUAAUAUAACGCCACACAAAAUAGCCGUGGUGGCGUUUAUUCGUGAAUACGGUCUAUUAAAAAUAGAAGCAAAAGAUAUGAUUGAUUGCACAAUGGCCCCUAAAUACAGAAAAGACUUUUGUAUUCUUGCGCUUAAGUUAAUUCAGUGCCCAGAUAUGGAGUUUAAAGAUUUGGAGACACUUCUUACAAAUGGCCGUUAUAAUUUAUUAAGUGUUCACUUAGAGAAUUUUUGUGUUCGACUUAAGAACAUACAUGUUAAUGGUAUAAGUGCUCUAAUGGAUUGUGUUACUUCAACUGUUGAUAAAUUAAUGAUUGAACAGAAUGAAACUAAUCCAUGUGUAAUUACUAGAUGCAGUGUCUUAGGUUUUUACUUGAGGCGCAUAAUGUUGCAUUUGGAUAAACUUACAUUUGUGCAAGUUGUUUCAUUAUACAAAUCAUUUUGUCUAUAUUAUCAAAAAGGAAGACCAGGUUUGAUGAUGAGAUCACUAAGUAAAGAGAAACUUAAUAAUAUGGAACCACCAGGUGCAGCUACCUCUUCAGUGUCUCCUGUCUUUAUAGAAGGAUCUAAACCACCAGAAGUAUUUAUGAAGAUGAAUAUGAUUGAAAGAGACAACAGUCUCGAAGAAUGCCAAUGGUCAAGAAAGCAGGCUGAGCUAUUCACAGCACAGCAAGCAAAUUUGUUACAAAUAAAUGAGAAAAAAGCACUCCCUCCAAGACAGCUACAGAAGACUAUUAUGCAAAUAAUAAACGAUAUUCCAGACUAUUCAGACAUUCAUUUUUUAAGUUUUUUAAAUUGUAUCCGAAUGAAGGAGUUUUGUGGUGCUCAAGAUUCACUGUACAAUUGUUUUGACAGGACCGUGUUUAAUAUUUGCGGCAAUGCUAACAACUGUAAUGACAAAAAUAAAAAUUUUCGAUAUGCUGCUCUCAACCGAGCUGCCAUGCACACACAAUUUGGACAUUUGUCGGUGGCGAUGGAGGGCGUGCAGGAGGCGCUGGGCGCGGCGCAGGAGGCUGCGGACGCAGCGUGCCUGGCACACGCGGCUGCGUGGGGCGCGCUGGCGGGCGGCCGCGCGCGCCGCGCCGCGCUGCUGGCGCGGGUGCCGCGCGCGCCACGGGUCGCCGCCGCCGCAGCGCAGCUUAUGGCACAGCACGCCGCCGUCAAUGCUGCUAAGCCGGCAGAAGUUUUCCAGAUUAUUACAAAAGGCGACUCCAUAAAUUAUCUUCAUUCAAUGACCGAUUUGACGAUGGCUGGAUUGGCAAAUACAGCAGCAUUGUGGUCUUUAUAUGGAAAAACAGAAAUGGCUUCUAUAAGCUGUCAACUCCUUCUAAAUCUCAACACAAAGUGCAACGUGGGCUCGAGCAGCGUGUGGCACUGGUCAGAGGCGUGCGCGGUGGCGGGCGCGGGCGCGGCGUGCGUAGCGGCGUGGCGCGGAGAGGGCGCGCGCGCGACCGCGCUGCUAUCGCACCUGCACCACCUGCCGCCGCCGCCGUUGCGCGCCGUAGCCGCCAGACACCACGCCGGCGCCGCGCUGCUCGCAGGUACGUGUCGCAUGUCCUUCACUACGCCGCGCUGGUCGCGGGUAAGUGUCGCAUGUCCUGCACCGCGCCGCGCUGCUCGCGGGUACCUGUCGCAUGUCCUGCACUGCGCCGCCCUGCUCGCGGGUACGUGUCACAUGUCCUGCACUGCGCCGUGCUGCUCGCGGGUACGUGUCGCAUGUCCUUCACUACGCCGCGCAGCUCGCGGGUACGUGUCGCAUGUCCUGCACCGCUCCGCGCUGCUCGCGGGUACUACGUCGUCGGGCCACGGGAGGUGGUGGGUGGCUCGUCUUGCACUGCGGCGCGCUGCUCGCGGGUACCUGUCGCAUAUCCUGCACCGCGCCGCGCUGGCCGCGCUGGCCGCGGGUACGUGUUGCGUGUCCUGCACUGCGCCGCGCUGGUCGCGGGUACCUGUUGCGUGUCCUGCACUGCGCCGCGCUGCUCGCGGGUACCUGUCGCAUGUCCUGCAUCGCCCCGCGCCGCUCGCGGGUACGUGUCGCAUCUCCUUCACUACGCCACGCUACCCGCGGGUACUUAUCGCAUGUCCUGCACUGCACCGCCCUGCUCGCGGGUACCUGUCGCAUGGCCUGCACCGCGCCGCGCUGGUCGCGGGUACGUGUUGCGUGUCCUGCACUGCGCCGCGCUGCUCGCGGGUACCUGUCGCAUGUCCUGCACUGCGCCGCGCUGCUCGCGGAUACCUGUUGCAUGUCCUGCACUGCGCCGUGCUGCUCGCGGGUACGUGUUGCGUGUCCUGCACCGCGCCGCGCUGCUCGCGGGUACCUGUCGCAUGUCCUGCACUGCGCCGCGCUGCACGCAGGUACGUGUCGGAUGUGCUGCAUUGCGCCGCGUUGCUCGCGGGUACUUGUCGCAUAUCCUGCACAGUGCCACGCUGCUCGCGGGUACCUGUCGCAUGUCCUACACCGCGCCGGCUCCGCAUUGAUCGACCGGUACGUGUCCACAUUGCAAUUCAACUCGCCGGCGCCGCUGUGUUAGCCGUUAUCGAAUGA